GCAAGGUUAAAAUUGUAUUUGUUAGGUCCAGAAAAUUGAUAUUUCGUACACAUAAUAAAUAGAAUACUUUAUUCUGUGAAUAGUAUUACAGUAUGUUGGAUUUGAUGUGAUAUUAUCUGAAGAUCUACAAAAUUUGAACUAUUUGUACCAAAGAAAGGUACAAAACAUUCCUUUAAAUGGAUACUAGAAAAAAGAGGCAUGUUGUUUGUAUGGCUUCAGAUUUCUUUUACCCGAAUACCGGAGGUGUAGAAGAGCAUAUAUUUAAUUUGUCACAAUGUCUCAUUAAACGAGGCCACAAAGUCAUAGUACUAACUCACUCUUAUGGCGACAGAGUCGGCAUCCGAUAUUUAACCGCAGGCUUAAAAGUUUACUAUUUACCUAUUAGAGUAUUUUAUGCCCAGUGCGUAUUGCCAACAAUGAUAUGUAAUAUAGCUUUAAUAAGAAAUAUAUUGAUAAGAGAAUGCAUAGAAAUAGUUCAUGGUCAUUCUGCUUUUAGUGUUUUGUGUCAUGAAGUAUGUAUUAUAGGCAAAUUAAUGGGAUUAAAAACUGUAUUCACUGACCACAGUUUAUUUGGGUUUGCUGACACAUCAGCUGUACUGACAAACAAGUAUUUACAAAUAUGUCUCAGUGAGAUUGAUCAUUGCAUAUGUGUAUCUCACACUGGCAAAGAGAACACAGUGUUAAGGGCCAAGGUUCAAGCUCACAAAGUUUCGGUGAUCCCAAAUGCAGUUGAUGCAUUUUCUUUCAUUCCUGAUCCACGCCAAAGAGAUCAAAAAUUUAUAACCAUAGUCAUAGUCUCAAGAUUAGUGUACCGAAAAGGUGUUAAUCUCAUGGCUGCCGUUAUAGCAGAUAUGUGCCCACGGUAUCCAAACUUAAGAUUCAUCAUAGGUGGAGACGGUCCUAAGAUGUGGCUACUUCAAGAAGUCCGAGAAAAAAUAGGUUGUCAAGAAUCUGUUAGAUUGUUAGGCAGCUUAAAACAUUCAGAAGUUAGAAAUGUUUUAGUGAAGGGUGACAUUUUUUUAAAUACAUCACUGACAGAAGCAUAUUGUAUGGCUAUAGUAGAAGCUGCAGCUUGUGGACUAAAAGUUGUUUCUACUAAAGUAGGAGGAAUACCUGAAGUACUACCAGAAAGUAUGAUCUAUCUUACGGAGCCAAAUGUAGGCAGCCUGGUCAGAGGAAUUGAGAAAGCAAUAACUGAUAUUAAAGAAGGAAACAUAAUGUGUCCAUUUAAAUGCAAUAGACUGGUUCGAGAGAUGUACAGUUGGAUGGACAUUACAAAAAGAACUGAGAUAGUUUAUAAUAGAAUAUUACUAAACAAAAACAAACCAUUAGGGCAACAGCUACGUAGCUACCUUAAUUCUGGUGUUUGGCCCUUUCUAUUAGUGAUAAGUUUAAUGUAUAUAUUACUACAAUUAACUGAGAGAAUUUAUAAAAGGAAGUAUAUUGACAAAGCAAGAGACUUAAGACUAUAAUAUUUAAUUUCUAAGGUAUUGUUUAAAAAACACCAUGAUAUCUUUUAUGUGAAUGUUUAAAUUUGAGCAAAGAAUAAAUCUAGUAAUAUAAUUUGCAAUUUAACUUAAAAUACUCUAAUCACUGGACUAUAGAUGUCCACUGUAGGCUUCCCAAAGUUCACUGCAAUGGCCAAGGCUGCACCCCCAUAACCAACAGUUCAUCAUGUAACAGAAUGUUAUUCAAUCUGGAAGUCAAUUUGGCUUUGCUCCAAUCCGCAUCUAUGCAUCAACAAUCGAAUCAUGCAAAAACAUAACAUAGGUACUGUUGGUAGAGCAUCUUGUGAGUCUGCAUGAGCCUGCAGAGCUUGCAUAAGCCCACACAUUAAUACCAACAAGCAACAUAACAUGUUAAGACCACCCUGCCUAUUUCUGCUGUAAAGCAGUAAUGUGUUUUGGUUUGAAGGGUGGGGCAGUUAUUUUACUGUAAAACGAAGACUUACAACGCAUACCUCAUGAUGGAUGGUGGCAUUAACAUUUUAGAUGUUUAUUUAUGGGCUUCAGUGACCAGUUAACGCCAGGUGGGCCAUAAACUCGUCCAUAAAAACCGCAAUAAAAUAUUUUAUAUACAUGGAUAAGGAUACAUGGAAAGGACAGUUUCUUUAGUUAAAAUGACACUAAACUACUUCCUCAACAUACACUAAAAUUAUAUUGUUGUUUUUUUAUUAAGCUAAACAUAUACUUGUCGUUUUAAGAAUAUUUGUAUCAUGUGAAUCAGUCAUUACUAACACAGCCAUUGGAUAAUAGAUUUGCACGUCUUACAUUAUGUGUAAUCAAAUACAUUUUCAAUUGUGAUAAUAUUGUGUUGU